AUGGCCACGCCCCGGCUCCCUUUUCUUUACCCUAAUCUUAUGCGCGCGGUCCGGGCAUGUCAACCGAAGAUAUACCACUCCCCCCGAUUCACACCUACCCGUUCCCGGUUCCAUACAAGUCGCCGUCUGGGGCAACAAGCCUACCAACGACGCUAUGGCCCAGCCGUUGCACCAAACAUUCCUCCACCAUAUCCUCCAAAAGACGGCCCUCCCUCAGAUGUAGCUGAGAAUGCAGACGAAGUUUCCAAGGAGAUUGAAAGUAAAGACGAGGCUUCUCCCCAACCAGAGCAAUCGGCUGCACCACCACAAUCGCAACCGCAGCCUGAGUCACCGCCAGCCGAACCGGAGAUUGAGCCAGCCGAAGCAGCUGUUUCAUCGUUAUCUGACCAGGUGGAAGCUGAGUUGAUCAAAGGCAACAUCUUGAUAGAGCUUGAACAAACCCUCGAUCAUGAACAAGAACAACACAAAUCACAAGAGGAUAAAGCUGAGGCCAAUUCCUCGUCGCCUUCCGGUGACGUAGGAGAGGAGAUGUCCCAAAUGGCUCCAUAUGCGAACCGCAGUGCUUUCGAUGAAGUCUAUCAUAUGCCUUCCCCGUCGACCUACCUAACACCAACGGAGCCUCCGGAUUCUGAAAGGCCGCCACAUAUGUCGCCGGCGCCUUAUGUACACCAUUUCGAUACAUACUCCCUUGUACAAGACCUCUCCGGUAGCGGGUUUACCAAGAAGCAAUCCACGACAAUCAUGAAGGCUGUGCGGAGCAUCCUACAAAAUAACCUGGACUUCGCCAAACAAGGCUUGACGUCAAAAUCGGACGAAGAGAACGAAUCCUACCUGUUUAAGGCGGCUUGCUCUGAGCUCCAGCAGUCUCUCCAGAUGGCAAGAAACUCCGAGGUUCAGCGACAGCGUGCUUCUCGAGGCCAACUGGAACAUGAGACAGAUAUCCUGUCUCAACGCCUGAACCAGGAGCUUGCCGGCAUGAAGGAUGAGAUCAAGGGCAUGUUCAACGACCACAAGAUGACCACCCGUGAGCAUCAGCGCAGCAUAGACACAUCCGUGCAGGAGUUGAACUACAAAAUUACUGUUUCACUCAACAGUGAUGGCAAGAGCGAGAUCGAAGGCUUGCGUUGGAUUCUGACAAGACGUGCCGCUCUAGCAGUUGCUAUAUGUGCCUUCAUGAUGAUCGUCUUCCUCAAGUACGCUUCCACGCAAAAGGUACAUGAGCCACCCAAGACCGUGAAAGAGGUCGAGAAGCCCGUCAAAGAAGCCGCCAAGGAAACCAGAGUCAUUCAUGAAACUGGGGGCCGAACUGAGAUGCGCUCGAUCUCUGAGAUUCAUCUCGGAGAGUCCUUGGGUUAA